GCCUGCUGCUCGGACGCCGACGCCGACCUGUCCCCGCGGGCCAUGGCCGUGUCCGCCCGCGCUGCGCGAGCCUCGCCCGGCUCAGGUAAAGUACAGAAAGACCAGGCUGGACAGACCGCAGAGUCUGGGCAGGGCCGCCGAAUGGGGAAACUCUUGGGUUUUGAGUGGACAGAUUUGUCCAGCUGGCCGAGGCUGGUGACUCUGCUGAAUCGACCCACGGAUCCUGCAAACCUGGCAGUCUUCCGUUUUCUCUUUGGGCUGUUGAUGGUGCUGGACAUUCCCCAGGAGCGAGGGCUCAGCUCCCUGGACCGCAGGUACCUGGACGGGCUGGAGGUGUGCCGCUUCCCCUUGCUGGAUGCCCUGCGCCCGCUGCCACUUGACUGGAUGUAUCUGGUCUACACCGUCAUGUUUCUGGGGGCCCUGGGCAUGAUGCUGGGCCUGUGCUACCGGAUAAGCUGUGUGCUGUUCCUGCUGCCUUACUGGUAUGUGUUUCUCCUGGACAAGACGUCGUGGAACAACCACUCCUAUCUGUAUGGUUUGCUGGCCUUUCAGCUGACGUUCAUGGAUGCCAACCGCUACUGGUCUGUGGACGGCCUGCUGAGUGCCCGGAAGAGGAAUGCCCAGGUGCCCCUCUGGAACUACACAGUGCUGCGUGGCCAGGUCUUCAUUGUGUACUUCGUUGCGGGCGUGAAGAAGCUGGAUGCAGACUGGGUGGAGGGCUAUUCCAUGGAUCGCCUGUCCCGGCACUGGCUCUUCAGUCCCUUCAAACUGGUGCUGUCCGAGGAGAUGACCAGCCUGCUGGUGGUGCACUGGUGUGGACUGCUGCUCGACCUCUCCGCCGGCUUCCUGCUCUUCUUCGAUGCCUCCCGGCCCGUGGGCCUUCUCUUCGUGUCCUACUUCCACUGCAUGAACUCCCAGCUCUUCAGCAUCGGGAUGUUUCCCUACGUCAUGCUGGCCAGCAGCCCUCUCUUCUGCUCCCCGGCGUGGCCCCGGAAGCUGGUGUCUCACUGUCCCAAAAGGCUGCAGGACCUGCUGCCCCUGCAGGCCGCCCCUCAGCCCAGUGCUUCCUGCCUGUCCACGAGGAGCUGGGCCGGGAGUGGCCGGAAGCCCGGGCUGCGCCAUCAGCUGGGGGCGGCCUUCACCGUGCUCUACCUGCUGGAGCAGCUCUUCCUGCCCUACAGCCACUUUCUCACCCAGGGCUACAACAACUGGACCAAUGGGCUCUACGGCUAUUCCUGGGACAUGAUGGUGCAUUCCCGCUCCCACCAGCACGUGAAGAUCACCUACCGCGACGGCCGCACUGGCGAGCUGGGCUACCUGAACCCUGGGGUGUUCACCCAGAGCCGGCGCUGGAAGGACCACGCAGACAUGCUGAAGCAAUAUGCCACUUGCCUGAGCCAGCUGCUUCCCAAGUACAAUGUCACUGAGCCCCAGAUCUACUUUGAUAUUUGGGUCUCCAUCAAUGAGCGCUUCCAGCAGAGGAUUUUUGACCCUCGGAUAGACGUGGUGCAGGCCGCCUGGUCUCCGUUCCGGCGCACACCAUGGCUGCAGCCACUCCUGAUGGACCUGUCUCCCUGGAGGAGCAAGCUGCAGGAGAUCAAGAGCAGCCUGGACAACCACACUGAGGUGGUCUUCAUCGCAGACUUCCCUGGUCUGCACCUGGAGAACUUUGUGAGCGAAGAUCUGGGCAACACUAGCAUCCAGCUGCUGCAGGGGGAGGUGGCCGUGGAGCUGGUGGCAGAGCAGAAGAAUCAGUCGCUCCGGGAGGGAGAGCAGAUGCAGUUGCCUGCAGGCCAGUACCACAAAGUGUACACCACGUCGCCCACGCCGUCCUGCUACAUGUACAUCUACGUCAACACCACGGAAGUCAGCCUGGAGCAAGACUUGGCGCGUCUGCAGGACCUGAAGGAGAAGGUGGAGAAUGGCAGUGAGACAGGGCCGCUCCCUCCAGAGCUGCAGCCCCUGCUGGAGGGGGAAGUAGCCGGGGGCCCGGAGCCAACGCCUCUGGUUCAGACCUUUCUUAGACGCCAGAGAAGGCUCCAGGAGAUGGAGCGCAGGAGAAAGGCGCCCUUCCACCAGCGCCUGGGCCGCUUCUUGCUGCGAAAGCUCUAUCUCUUUCGACGCAGUUUCUUGAUGACCUGCAUCUCACUUCGAAAUCUGGCCCUGGGCCGCCCUCCCCUGGAGCAGCUGGCCCAGGAGGUGACUUAUGCAAACUUGCGGCCCUUCGAGCCACCUGGAGAGUCAAGUCAAGCAGAAGUGGAUCCUUCCAACAGGGACCUUCCUGAGUCCAACUCUGAUCCUGAUCACUCAGAGCUCUGAGUGGAGGCAGUGCUUGGGCUGUGGGCCCAGGGGCAGCCAAACGACCAUCUCUUCGCCAGUGACGUUUGUACAGAAAACUUAUCAGUAUUUUCACAUACAUGUUUUUAUUUCACAGACAUAUUUUUAUGGUCCAAUGGCCUUUAAUUCAGAGAUGCAAGCUCCGAGGAGCCUGAGAAAUAAAGGAAGGGCAAGAUGUAUCAACCCAAGAUUGGGGGCCCGUGAGGAAGUUAAAGACAGUGUGAACAUGACCUCAACAGGAUAAAGCCUACACAUGGUUAGAUAAUCUGGUGUCCACCUGAUACUAUUAAGAAUGAAGGGGUGGAGUGUAGCCUGUCAAUCAGGUCUCUGCUUAA